AUGCCAGUUGCUAAAUCCUCCAGUUCAAGUAUACAAUCACCACCUGUGAAUUCAAAGACAUUAUCUAGAAAGGAUUCAAAACAAUCAUUACUUUCAUCAUCAGAGAUAUCACUGAUAAAACAAUCCAAACCUGCAACAUCAAAUAGACUGAACUCAACAAAUUUAAAUAUUGAACCAUCAGCUCAGUCAAGUUCAAAAACUUUAGAUUCAAAACUAAUGUUUUCAAAAACUGAAAUUUCAAUUAUAAAAGAAAUAUGGAAAUCAUUAAAUUUAUGUGAAAAUUUUAAUACAAUAAAUUCAAAAUUAGAUUCAAAUAUAAUAAUAUCAAAAUUUAAAUAUCAAACAAAUGAUAAUAUAAUUUUUAAAUCAUAUUUAAACUAUCAAAUUUCAGAGUACUACUAUAAAAUUAGUAAGAAUAAUAAAAUUUUAAAUUUUGAAAAUGAUAUAACUUUUAAAUUUCAAAUUGAUAUUAUAAUUGAAAUUUUAAAUGUUAUAAUUUAUCAUUUAAGUUAUAAACAAAAUAAUCAACCUCAAGAUUUUAUAAUAUCAAAACUGAAAUUAUUAAAUAGAUUAUAUGAUUUAAAUUUUAAAAAAUUUCAAAUUUUAGGUGAAUGUUUUAUAUCUACAAUUUUAUAUUUAAUAAAUAAAAAACAUCAAGAGAUAAGGAGUGAAGGUAAUGAUAGCAUAGGUGAAGAACAAAGGAGAGAGAACUAUGAAGAAACUAUAUUCAUGAAACAAUUUGUAUUUUUAAAAUUCAUAAAUCAAGUUUUCAAUAUAUUGAUAUAUUAUGGGAAAGAUAAAAAAAUGAAAUUAUUAUCAGAUUCAUCAUUAAAUUCAAUUACAAAAGAUCUUCCUUCAUUACCAAAAUCUCCAAGACGUAAUAAUAAUGAUAUAAUUUUGAAAAAUAAUUCAUAUUCAAGGAAAACACCGCCAACUUCGACGACAACAACAGUAUCAUCAUCAUCAUCGAAUACAAAAACUCCAUCAUCACCAUCAUCUUCUUCAUCAAUAAGGAAAUUGAAUAUAGAUACUACUUCAUCACCAAGUAAAGCGAGUUCUAGCUUAACUGAAUCAUUUCCAUCACCUAAUAUUUUAGCGAGUGAACAAAAUAAUUCUAGCACAACUUCAACUACGAAGUCUACAGCAGCAACAAUAACGAGAGAUUCAACAUCAAGUAUUACUUCAUUACAAUCAAAUUUAACUGAAGGUUCAUCAAUUUUAUCAUUAAAUCAUUUUGAUGAUUGUUCAGAUUUAUCAAAUGAUAUGGAAUCAAUAACAAUUAAUUUAAAAUCUCCUUUUAGAUCUAAUCAAAUUCAACAUCAAGAAGACAAUAUAGACAAUUGUUCCAUCGAUGAAUUAGAAGAAUCUACAAUAAAUACAAUUUCGAAAAAUUCAAUAUCAACAUUAAUUUAUGAAAAAGAAGAAUCUGAUCCAUUAGAUGAUGAAAAGAUUAGUAAUGAAUAUCAACAUGAAGAAGAAGAAGAUUCAAGUUAUGAUUAUUUAAAUUCUUUUGGUUUAUCAACUAUUGAUAAUAAUGAAUCAAUUUAUUAUAAUUCUUCAUCAACAUCAGCUUCAAAAUCUUCAAAAAAGCUUAAACAUAAAAGUUCAAAAUUUUGGAAUAAAAACAAAAAAAAAGAUAAGUCAACCGAAAAUAAUAAUAAGAAUGAUUUGACCUCUAUUAUUUCAAAUGGAACUUUUAAUUCAUCAAAUUCAAAAACUUUAAAUAAGAAAAAAUCAUCAAUUAAUUUAAGUUUAUCAAAAUUAAAUUCAAAUAUUUCUAUAUAUUCAAAUAAUUCAAAUAAUUCAAAUAAUGGAAGAAAAUCAAUUAAUAAUCAUCAAUAUCAGCAUGAAGAACAAAUUAAUGAAGAAAAAGAAGAAAAUGAAACAUCUACUAAUAAUGAUAAACGUUCUAAUAAUUCUAGAAAUAAUACUACUAUAACUAAUUCAAAUGAUGAAUCUUGUAUUAUUAUGUAA